AUGUUGCGGGCUGUCGUGGGUACCGGAAGGGUCACGGUGAGACACUUGCAUCAAGUAGCGUGCAAACCAUUUCAAUUCAGAUUAUACGAGGAAGAGUCAGUACAGGUGCAUCUGGACAAACGGUCGAACGUCCUCUCCCCUCUGACCACACCCCCCGCCCUCCCUCCGUCACCCACGUUUUCCCAUGCAGGCAGCUUCUCCCCAGCAGCGAGAGCAGAUACUGCAACUAAUAGAGCGGUUGGAGGCAGCCAACCCAACGCCCUCACCCAUGCUGUCUCCUCUUCUGGGCGGCACGUGGGCUCUGGUCUUCAUCGCCCCCACUGCAGGUGCGUGCAUGGCACAUGUGGAGGGGAGGAGAGCGCACAAGUGGAGGGGAGUGCACAAGUGGAGGGGAGUGCACCCUCCACCAAUACAUUGGAUGCAUCAGAGGAAGGUCCUUUCCUCGCUCGUUUAAAGCCCGCGGUUUUUGGAGGGGUCAGGCAGAAGGCGAGUCUGCAGAUUAUCCUUCCUGACGAGGGCCGAGCAGAGAACGUGGCGCUGUUCACAGCAUGGGGAGUAGAUGGCGAGCUGUGGAUAGACGCGGAGUGCAAGGCACCGGAGCAGGAGAGCAUGCGGGGGGUGCGGUCCACUGUCCGCUUCCUCUCCUUCAAGCUCUCUCUGGGGCCCCUCUCGUUCACACUGCCUCUCUCCCUCAUCUCCCCCACCGGGUGGAUCGACGUGACAUACAUUGAUGAGGAGAUGCGCGUGACGAGGGGAGAUAAGGGCUCUGUGUUCCUUGCCACACGCGUCAAGGCGUGA